AUGUCAGCAGCAAAACUGGGUCCGAGGAGGACUGAAAGGCAGAGAUCGGACGAAGCGGUGGAACUACUGCAGGCCAUCCCGCGGGAGGGGCGUGCGGAUGUCAGCGUGAAUAUCCAGGUACCAGCAAUCGGGCAACGGGCCGAGGAAGGAGUACCGGCGGAAGGAGUCGGCGAGCAGGCUAUCGAAGAGGCAGCGCAGGCCAUCGAAGAUGCAGAGCAGGCAGUCGACGGCGUCGAGCAGGGAGUCGAGGUUGGGGAGCAGGUGAUUCAGGCAGAAGAGCACCCGAUCGAGCAGGAGGACGGGCAGGUGCCGCAACGCGGGGCCGAUCUGGCGCGAUGGCAGUGCACCAUCUGCUUGGACGAGGCGAGAAAUGCGGUCGUAACCACGUGCGGCCACCUGUCAUGUUGGGGCUGUCCCUACGGUUGGGUCACCGAAGGCACUAUGGGCCAAUGCUGUCCCCUGUGCCGGUCCAGAAUCAACAUUUUUCGAUCGACUCCCAUCUACGGAAGUGAAACGGACGACGCAGGACAGGCGGAGGGCAUUCCGCAGAGGCCCGGAGCAGUCUAUGUGCCAAGAAGGGAACUACCCUGA